AUGGAGGACGGAAACUUGUGUGACCUGGUGCAAAUGCCCACACGGACAGCUGCGGGAGUUGGUCUCCUUCGGCUCCCGGGGCCUUCGGGAGACAAAGCAGCGUCUUCCGGAGACACACAAAGGGAGGGCAGCAUCCGCGGGGUCAGCACUAGGGCCAGGGUAGCCCCAGCCACGGCCCUCGCGAGGCCGCGCCAACCCCGUGGGCUGUCCGUGGGCUCCCCGCCUCAGGGGAACCCCCACCGAGCGCACCGCCCCCAGGACGGCCUCAGGGCUCUGAGCCCAGCGAGGGGAGGGGAGGCGGGGACCGCGGCGGGCUGGCUGGGAGGGUGCUCGCGGGCGUCGCCGGCCCCCGGGGCGGGGAGCGAGGGGUGCCCUAGGCCGAAGGGUAGGUCCGCGCCGGCGGGCGGCAGAGGUGCGCGGCCCGGCCCGGCUCACACUCUCGCCCCGCCCCCGCAACUCGCGGGGCUCGCUCCGCGGAAUGCGCGCCCCCGGGGCGCCUCGGGCUUCCCGAGCCGUCGCUCGCCCGGUCGAGGCCCGCGAGGCUCGAGGACGGCCGGCAGCCGCGGGGCCAAGCCGAGGCUUAGCUCACCCCACAGACCCCGAAAGGCCUGGCCGGGAGCUAGCGGAGCGGAGGGGCGGGGCGGCGCGAGGGCGGGUGCGCGCGUGCGCGUAGGCUGGGAAGCGGGCGGGGCUGGGGCGGGCGCGGGGGCGGGAGCGCGGGCAGGCGGGCGCGCGAGGGGGAGGUGCAUCCUGGGAAAUCCAGCAACAUGGGGAGAAGCGGCGGCUCCUGCUCCUCCUGCUGCCGCCGCCGCCGCCGCCGCCGCGGGUCCGGGCCGCCGCCGCUGCCUCUCCCGCCACCCCCGCCGCCGCCGCCGUCCCCGAGCCCGGGCCGCGGCCACAGCAGCAGCAGCAGCAGCAGCCUCAAGGCCAGGUAAGGGAGACGCGGCGUCCGGCCCGGGUCCCAUUGUUGUCGGGAGCCCGGGCCUGGGCAGCGGCCGGGCCCGCCCUUUAAACGCCCGUCCCUGCCCGGCGUGGCGCGUGUGCGCGGGGGUCCUGGAGCCGGCCCGGCCGCCAAGCGCGGCCCCUGCGGGAAGGGGCGGGAAGGCGGGGCCGGCCCGGGGAGGCCGCCGCCCGAACAAUGCUGCUGGGCCGGGCCGCAGCGGGCCGGGGUCGGUCAGCCCCGCUCUGCGGGCGCGUUCGGCCCGGGGGCCUGCAGCCGGCCGGGAAGUCCGGGGCCGAGGCGGCGACCCUCCCGGCCGGUGCCCCGGGCAACUCUGUGUGGCGCCCAAGCUUGGUGUUCUGGGGACCCGGGCCUUUCGGGCUGGGCAUGGUGGUGUGGACGGUGAUCUCACUCUCGGUUUAUCCUCUCCUCCGGUCCCGGUUUGCAUAGGGAUGAGACAGAUUGGACUUUCAGUGCCAGUUAAGUAG